GAAAAAGAAAGAUAUCACAAAAAAGCUCCCCAUAGCUAAAAAUCAUUUGGAAGAAUAUGAAGCUACUUGGAGUCACUUUCUUGCUUUGUGCAAUAUCCAUCUUAUUGCUUCUAACUCCAACCUCUUCUCUACAACUUAACUCUCGUUACUCAUCUCCUAGCCUAGGUCUCAGCGAAAAGAUUGUAACUAAAAUGGCACCACGGAAGCUCAUGAUCAUCUCUACUGAACAUGUAAAUGUGAAGACGUCACCAGCUCAUGAAGGUUCAAGUGAACAACUUCGAGACACUUCUUCAGGAAAAUCUAAGAGUGAAGAUAAGAAGUUAGGUGAAGAAGAAGAGGAGAGAGCUCUAUCGAAAUAUCUAUCGAUGGACUAUCCAAAGUUUAGAAGAAGGCGGCCAGUUCACAACAAGUCUCUACCUUUAAGUCCAUGAGACAUUAAAUUUUAAUUAAAUGCAACUAUUAUAUUUUAGUUAGAUUAAUCAAUUAAUUAAGAUUAAGUUAGGAUGUUUAAGUGGUUGGUAUAUCGUAGUUAGAUUCUUUGGGAGCAUUGAGAAACAAGUUUUGGCGAUAUGAUUGUAAUUAACGGAAUCUGUCGUGUUAAUUCUUUUUUUUUUAUAAUACUCUAGUUUUUAAUUAAUGAUAAUGGCCGACAAUAAUUGAGCAAAACCCUAAAACUCUGGUUUGGGGUUUGAGCUUAUUUGCUCUUCGUUUCACGCACUGUAACAUGAUGGCUGAG